AUGAGAGGUGUUUCACGGGCUGUACAUGUGUGUCACGGGCUGUACACGUGUGUCACGGUGUGUGCAGGUGUGUCACGGGCUGUAGACAUGUUCUGGGAUGCACGUGUGUGUUACGGUGUGCGCAGGUGCACAGGUGUGUCACGGGCUGUACACAUGUGUUACGGGACACACGUGUGUGUUAUGGGGUGUGCAUAUGUUACGGUGUGCACAGGUCCCACACCCAUGUCGCAGGUCCCACACUAUGUCCCAGUUCGUUACUGGUGCUGUUCCCGCCAGUGCCGGGGAGGGUUUGGUCGGUGCCGGGAGGAGACACCGGGGGGGGGGGGGGUGGGGGGGGCGGGGGGGGUCACCGGGACCCCCAGUGCUCCCAGUAUCCCCAGUACCUCCAGUGCGCCCGGUGCUCACAGUAUUCCCAGUAACCCCAGUGCUCCCAGUAUCGCUGGUGUGGCGGCUGCUGUGGCACUGACAGCCCGCGGUGCCCGUGGAAUGCCACCAGUACCGCCGGUUCCAGUGUGCCCAGUACCACCAGUACAGCCCAGUACCGCCGGUUCCAGUGUGCCCAGUACCACCAGUACAGCCCAGUACCGCCGGUUCCAGUGUGCCCAGUACCACCAGUACAGCCGGUUCCAGUGUGCCCAGUACCACCAGUACAGCCCAGUACAGCCGGUUCCAGUGUGCCCAGUACCACCAGUACAGCCCAGUACCGCCGGUUCCAGUGUGCCCAGUACCACCAGUACAGCCGGUUCCAGUGUGCCCAGUACCACCAGUACAGCCCAGUACCGCCGGUUCCAGUGUGCCCAGUACCACCAGUACAGCCGGUUCCCAGUGUGCCCAGUGCCCCCAGUAACCCCGGUACCCCCCGGGUGCGCCCACAUCGAGGUGAUUCCCUGCAAGAUCUGCGGGGACAAAUCCUCCGGGGUGCACUACGGGGUCAUCACCUGCGAGGGCUGCAAGGGUUUCUUCCGCCGCAGCGAGCGGCGCGGGCCCAGCCUGGCGUGCAGCCGCGGGCAGCGCUGCGACAUCGACCGCGCCACCCGCACACGCUGCCAGCACUGCCGCCUGCAGAAGUGCCUGCGCCUCGGCAUGUCCCGAGCCGCCGUCAAGUUCGGCCGCAUGUCCAAGCAGCAGCGGGAGCGGCUCCAGGCCGAGGUGCUGGAACAUCUGGAACGGCGGGAGAACCGGGAACAGCUGGAACAGGCGUGGCCCGCAGAGGAGGUGACAAAGCGGGGACAGGACGGGGACAGGGCGGGGACAGCGGGGACAGGGCCGUCCCCUCACCCCGGUGCUGGAGGCGUCCCGGAGUCACCCGCGGGCCUGGAGAUCGAGCUGCUGACCCAGAGCGUCCUGCUGUCACACCGUGCCACGUGCCACCCUCGCACCGAGGACCUGCAGGGACACCGCUGGGCCACCUUCACCCGCGAGGAGAUCUGCGCCUACCAGAGCCAGCCCAUGGCAGAGAUGUGGCAGCGCUGUGCCCGUCGUGUCACCGAGGCCAUCGAGCGCGUGGUGGAGUUUGCCAAGCGCCUGCGCGGCUUCCUGGAGCUCAGCCAGCACGACCAGAUCGUCCUGCUCAAGGCGGGUGCCAUGGAAGUCGUCCUGGUCCGGAUGUGUCGCGCCUUCGACGCCACCACCCGCACCAUCCUGUUCGAGGGCAAACUGGCCGGGCCCGAGCUCUUCCGCUCGCUGGGAUGUCCCGAGCUCGUCGCGUCCAUCUUCGACCUGGCGCAGGGGCUGAGCGCGCUGCGCUGCUCCGAGAGCGAACUGGGGCUGCUCAGCGCACUGCUGCUCGUCAACGCCGGCCGGCCGUGGCUGCAGGACCGGCCGCGGGUGGCCCGGCUCCAGGGACAUCUGGAUGUCGCCUUCCGGCUCCUGCUGCGCCGGACCUGCCGCGAGGGGCUCCUGGCCAGGCUGCCCUCCCCGGGCCGGCUCCGCGCUCUCUGCUCGCAGCACCUGGAGCAGGUCCAGGCUUUUCGCCGCCUCCACCCCGGGGUGGUCUCGGCCGCCUUCCCCCCGCUCUACCGGGAGCUCUUCGCCGCCGACCCCGCCGAUGUCCCCACGGGGACCCGCUGA